CUUGGCUCCGCGAGGCCCGUGCAUUCCAGAGAGCCGAGCGAGCUAGAGCAACAAAGGAGCCGGGGAGUCGGUGGGGAGAAGUCGGGGGUCUGCGGCGCGCUCGGGCGAAGGUGGCGGCUGGGCCGCGGGGCUGGCGCAGAGGCGAAGCCGGGGAGCUAUCCCCCACCGCCUGCCCGCGCCUGGCCUCCAUCGCGGGGCUGGAAGAUAGUUUUAAGAGGGAAUGGGGCUGGAGAUUGGGGGCCCAGGGGGCUCCCGGGGCUGAAGACAACUUGGAUUGCCCGGAGAAAGAGUAGGGAGUUGUGCAUCCCGGCCGGGGCCUCCGCCGCCCAACAUGGGCCCCGGGUUCCAAAGUUUGCGAAGUUCGGCGCCGAGGGCCCGCGGCUCGCGGAGCGUGCGAGGGGGCCCGGCACCGGAUUCGCCGGGCGCACAGGUCGCCUGAGCCACAUCCGCGGCCCCAAGGGUUGCGUGUGUGGCCGGGGGGCUCCGGGGAGCGGGCGGGGGCGCCGGGGCUUCUGCUGAGUUGGCGGGUUUGGCCAUGGCCGCUGCCCGCCUCGCACUGGGGCCAGGGAUCCUGCUCCUGGGGCGGCUGCUGCUGCUGCUGCUGCUGGGGGGCCCAGGCCGGGGGGCGGCCUUGAGCGGGAACGCGACUGGGCCUGGGCCGCGGAGCGCGGGCGGGAGCGCGAGAAGGAGCGCGGCCGUGACCGGCCCUCCGCCGCUGCUGAGCCACUGCGGCCGGGCAGCCCCCUGCGAGCCGCUACGCUACAACGUGUGCCUGGGCUCGGCGCUGCCCUACGGGGCCACCUCCACUCUGCUGGCCGGGGACUCGGACUCCCAGGAAGAAGCGCACGGCAAGCUCGUGCUCUGGUCGGGCCUCCGGAACGCCCCCCGCUGCUGGGCAGUGAUCCAGCCCCUGCUGUGUGCUGUGUACAUGCCCAAAUGCGAGAAUGACCGGGUGGAGCUGCCCAGCCGCACCCUGUGCCAGGCUACCCGAGGCCCCUGUGCCAUUGUGGAGAGGGAGCGUGGCUGGCCUGACUUCCUGCGCUGUACCCCUGACCACUUCCCCGAGGGCUGCCCGAAUGAGGUGCAGAACAUCAAGUUCAACAGUUCGGGCCAGUGUGAGGCUCCCUUGGUUCGGACCGACAACCCCAAGAGCUGGUAUGAGGACGUGGAGGGAUGUGGGAUCCAGUGCCAGAACCCGCUGUUCACUGAGGCCGAGCACCAGGACAUGCACAGCUACAUCGCGGCCUUCGGCGCAGUCACAGGCCUCUGCACGCUCUUCACCUUGGCCACAUUUGUGGCUGACUGGCGGAAUUCGAAUCGCUACCCUGCUGUUAUUCUCUUCUACGUCAAUGCGUGUUUCUUUGUGGGGAGCAUCGGCUGGUUGGCCCAGUUCAUGGACGGCGCCCGCCGGGAGAUCGUCUGCCGUGCAGAUGGAACCAUGAGGCUCGGGGAGCCCACCUCCAAUGAGACCCUGUCCUGCGUCAUCAUCUUUGUCAUCGUGUACUACGCCCUUAUGGCUGGUGUCGUCUGGUUUGUGGUCCUCACCUAUGCCUGGCACACCUCCUUCAAAGCCCUGGGCACCACCUAUCAGCCUCUCUCCGGCAAGACCUCCUACUUCCACCUGCUCACGUGGUCACUCCCGUUUGUCCUCACUGUGGCAAUCCUUGCCGUCGCCCAGGUGGAUGGGGACUCUGUGAGCGGCAUCUGUUUUGUGGGUUACAAGAACUACCGAUACCGUGCAGGCUUCGUGCUGGCCCCAAUUGGCCUGGUGCUCAUUGUGGGAGGCUACUUCCUCAUCCGAGGAGUCAUGACUCUGUUUUCCAUCAAGAGCAACCAUCCCGGGUUGCUGAGUGAGAAGGCUGCCAGCAAGAUCAACGAGACCAUGCUGCGCCUCGGCAUUUUUGGCUUCCUGGCCUUUGGCUUUGUGCUCAUCACCUUCAGCUGUCACUUCUACGACUUCUUCAACCAGGCUGAGUGGGAGCGCAGCUUCCGGGACUAUGUGCUGUGCCAGGCCAACGUGACCAUCGGGCUGCCCACCAAGAAGCCCAUUCCUGACUGUGAAAUCAAGAAUCGCCCCAGCCUCCUGGUGGAGAAGAUCAACUUGUUUGCCAUGUUUGGAACCGGCAUUGCCAUGAGCACCUGGGUCUGGACCAAGGCCACGCUGCUCAUCUGGAGGCGCACCUGGUGCAGGUUGACUGGGCAGAGUGAUGAUGAGCCCAAACGCAUCAAGAAGAGCAAGAUGAUCGCCAAGGCCUUCUCCAAGCGGCGUGAGCUGCUGCAGAACCCAGGCCAGGAACUCUCCUUCAGCAUGCACACUGUCUCCCACGACGGGCCUGUGGCGGGUUUGGCCUUUGACCUCAAUGAGCCCUCUGCCGAUGUGUCCUCUGCCUGGGCCCAGCAUGUCACCAAGAUGGUGGCUCGGAGAGGGGCCAUACUGCCCCAGGAUGUGUCUGUCACCCCUGUGGCAACUCCAGUGCCCCCAGAGGAAAAAGCCAACCUGUGGCUGGUUGAGGCAGAGAUCUCCCCAGAGCUGGAGAAGCGCCUGGGCCGGAAGAAGAAGCGGAGGAAGAGGAAGAAGGAGGUGUGCCCGCUGGUGCCACCACCUGAGCUUCACCACCCUGCCCCUGCCCCUGCCCCUGCGGCCAGUGCUGUUCCUCGACUGCCUCAGCUGCCCCGGCAGAAGUGCCUGGUGGCCGCAGGUGCCUGGGGAGCUGGGGAAUCCUGCCGACAGAGAGCCUGGACCCUGGUCUCCAACCCUUUCUGCCCAGAGCCCAGUCACCUGCAGGAUCCAUUUCUGCCCAGUGCCCCAGUUCCCACGGCGGCCUGGGCUCAGGGCUGCCGGCAGGGGCUGGGGCCCAUUCACUCCCGCACCAACCUGAUGGAGGCAGAGCUCAUGGAUGCAGAUUCAGACUUCUGAGCCCGGAGAGCGGGACCUGGGAUAGGAAAGAGCAGCAAAUACCAUUCUGGGGUUCUUCAUCCUCCCUGAGAGUGCUUCCCCAGGAUCUUGUCUUCCAGAGCACCUGAGGGUGCAGUGCCCUCCCAGGAGGGCUCUAUAUGUCUGGCUCAGGGCAGCAGGAUUGUGGGAAAGGGCCCUGACAUCUCCACGGGCAGGCCUCAUCCAGGGAAGGACCCUGGAGCUCAGGGUCCUCGUUUCUGCCCCACCAGCUGGAGUCUGGCUGGCAGUAUCCAUGUGCAGCAGGGUCAUGAGAUCUGCAGAGCUUGGGGGCUGGGGGGGCUGGGGGGGCAGUGAUGGUGGAGGCAGGGGUGACAGUACCCAGAGUGGCCUGUGGUAGCCAAUGAGGCAGCCAGGCCCAUACCUGGCAGAUGAGGGCUGGCGGCCCUUCUCUGUGCCAGUGGAUGCCCUUUCCUGGCACUCUCAGACCAAAUGUGUUUAUUGUGUCAUUAGUCCUUUGUCUAGGUGGGGACGGGGCUCCCUUCUCCCUCUUCUAGGUGGUUGUGGAGCUGGAAGUGCCUAUUCCCGUAGGGGCUAUAACCUCUCUUCACAGGUGCCCGGUUGGCCCGACCCCAGGCCAGUAGCCCGUCCUGUGUGCUCCUGUACCCUCCUUCCCCUUUCCCAUUUCAGUGCAACCAGGCCAACCUCUUCCUGUUUCCCUGUUCGUUGAUUAGGACCCAGAACUGCUGCAUGCUCCAUCCCUCCCCCAUCCCCCACCCUUUUGAUGCUGGCUGCGUCUCCAGGUGAGAGACUGGUUCAGCUAUAGAGCCUGGCGUGGUGUAGAAGCGUGUUAUCUCUUCCUCCCGUCCAUCCAGUGGGGGGUGGAUCCUCUGACUUGAGGGGCUAACCUGGGAGGCUGCUGGAGCUUCAGCCAGGCAGGAAUGCUUCCUUCAACUUCCACAACUGCUGGGUGAGGAGAUUCCCACCUCUCAUAACCCCUAACUAUGUCUCCAAGGCCCCAAUUUCAAGAGCCAGACAGCAGGAAGCCUUAGGAGCUGGCUGGGUUCCAGAUCGGGGAUAGGGAUGGGGAGAAGAAAUAUAAACAGUAAAUAAAAGGUUUUUGUAUAAA